AUGCUGGCUCUUCUACCUCUCCGCGAGCAAGGGCUAGGGCUCACGAACACGCUAGCGUUCGUCCUCCCGGGAGGAUCCGCAAGACGGUGCGGGCUAUGCCAAGCGAGAGGCAGCGGGGUUCCAGCAGCCAGGGCCGAGUCGGAAGGGCAAGGCCAGGAGGGGUCGGCGGCGCUGCAAGAGGGCGCCGCGGGUGCGGCGGAAUUGGGGGUUCCGCCGAGCAGCCACCGAGAGCUGUGUCCUGCGGUGGUCGUCAGGGAGGGCGACACUGCUGGAGGAGAGAGCAGCAGUAGGCCGGGCGUGGAAGGCGCCCUGGUGCGGGAUGUGGAGGUCCCUGCUGCAGGUGGGUUUGGUGCAUUCCAAGACACCAACUCUCUUCGUAGUACGUUCGGCAGUGCUUGCGUACAGCAGUCUGCUGCCGCUGGAGACACUGGUGAGAGUGUCACAGCAACCGAUCAAUCCAUUCAGGGGAGGUCGGGUGGAGAAUGCGGCACGGCGGAAGGGUUGUGUCCACUGUUCUGCCUUGCUGUAGUAGCGGGCGGGGCGCACAGGAGUCGCCGGAAUUGAUGGUGCAACAGAACGGACGGAGGGGCCGGGCCGUGAAGUCGCGCAGUUUUGGCGCGCAUUCCAUCUGCGGUAAGGCGGUGGAGCACCAGGACGGUAGAGAGACCGUUGGGCAGGAUUGCCGGAGACACUCAACCAUGGAUCGACCGCGCGACGGCGCGGGGGGGGGGGGGCGCCGUACAUGCUUGAUGCUGGCGGUGUUUUGUUAAGUCGAUCCAAGGCCGGCAGUAGAGGCCGGGUACGCCCUACCACGGUUGACACGCGCGACGGCGCGUCGGGGGGUGGGCGCCGAUCACGCGGGAGCGGGCGGCGUUUUUUGACCACAGCACGGACGGAGGGGCCGGGCCGUGGCUGUUCUGCCUCGUCAUAGGAGCGGGGGGAGUAGCAUAUUAAGUCGCGCGGAGGUGGCGCGCAACCAUCAGCCGGAGGUGGGUGGUGGAACGGGGCACAGCUAAGUGGGUGUCAUCAAAGUCGCGUGGGGAGGUGCCGCGCGCAACUCAUAAGCCGGGAACGAGCGGUGGAGACAAGAAUGCGUCAGGAUGGACGUGAAUUAAAGGCAUGCUUCGCCAUCAAGAUGUGUUGGUGGAGUAGUUGGAAUAAGCUUGGAUUUUGUUGUCUUGUUUUGUGUGGAGGUACCAGUUUGAGGUCGUGAUGAAAUCAAGCAACUUGUAUUCGAGGAAAUUCUGUUCACUGUUGCGUGUUUCUUUCCGCCGUCAUUUGCGCGUUGUCUUGCACCCAAAUCGUGGUUGUUCUGAAUGUUUGUGUUCGUCGUUAUGCCAUUAGUGCAUCCUUCGCCGGUGACGUUGUGUUGCUGGUGAUGAUGGCAAAGUGUCGGGGGGUAGAGACGUUCACGUUGGUAGAAUUUGCCACCAUCACUCAUGUGUGGGGGCUACGCGGUUAUAUGUGACCCACGGCCUAAGUAGGAGGCGCAACAAGUGUUUUGUUUACCUGAGUUGUUGCAGAACAAGGGAGGGUGAAAACGGGCGUGUUUCUUUUGAGAAUGUUACGCUUGAAGAGUACGCCCGGUCUUGGUAUUAUGCAACUUGACAGGUUGGUGUGUCGGGCAGGUAUGCAGUUGUUAGUGGAAGUCGAUUUUGUUUUCACGUACGGAAGCAUGUUGGUUGUGUCUGUUUUGGGAAGCGACAUCUAGGUGAUGGCCAUGUGCGUGUUCCUCUGGGCGCCGGUGUUGCGCAAGGGAGGGCACUAGGCUUAGGUUCCUGGUGUGCUUGUCUAUAGUGCAGACAGCGUAGUAGAUGCUUGGGAUUCGUAGUACAGCGUUACCAAGUUGUGGGGGGGCGUUUGUGUUUUGCGUAGUUGUGCUUGAAGGUUCAGUAGCAAGUUGAUGUAUCCUUGAUUGAAGGAGAACUGAGGAUUGAUUUGGUAGUUUGCAGAUGGUGGACCUUGUUUGAAGCAGGCUACAUUCGGCAGGUUGUAUAUUUCUCAAAAGCGGGCAUCCUUUGGAGAAUCGAGUUUGAUUGGUUUUUCAGUUGGAAACAGGUCAUGAUUUUGAGUUCGUGUAGGAUUGCAGAUGGUUGAACCGAAGGCAGGGAGAACGUACCUGUUCGAUGCAGUUUUCGUGUGGAAUGCAGAUAGACAGGGAGGGCGUUGCCUGUAUGUGUGUGACACCUGAAGAGUCAGUUGGUGCUGCACAGCAAGGAGUUCGUUCCAUCAUGUCGGAAGGAUUUGUCAGAGGCGUUGCUCGAGGUAGUAGAGCGUUGCCUAGAAUUUGUAAUCCGAGCGUCUGGAGUGGUUUUAUCUUUGUCUUCUUGCAGUACGGCCGUUGGAAUCAUUGGUGAUAUGGACGGCUAUUGGAUUUUGUUUGAGCCGUUGGAAUCUUUCGUGAUAUGAUCGGCGUGAGGCGUUGAAUUUCUGAGGGGUUUUGAUCCGGUGGCCGGGUUUCCCCUUUUCUUUUGGUUUGUCAUUGUGUUUCGGUUUUUCGGACGUUUUUUCGACGCACUAGAGGUUCUUCACUGGCGUAAAGAACCAGGGAGGGUGUUCGUGCGUAGAAGUAGAUAGUCGAAAAGUAGCCGUUACGUAGGACGCAGCUGGGAAAACUUGAAGGGUAUGUGCGGAGAGGCUUUGGAUGAUAGUGCGGAGUCCCCGUGUUCUCUCGAGAAUUGGGGCCUCCCCUCCUUCUCCCUCUCUCCACUCUCAUGCGAGCUAAUACACACAGUUAAACAGCAGCCCCAAGUCCG